AUGCUACCAGUGUUGCCUGACGAUCUUCUCCUCCGUUUGUUAUCUUUCUGUGAGCCAGAUGAUGUCAAUAAUUUCUGUUUAUUGGAUAAAAGAUCCAACGAAUUUGUGCAGAAUUUUCGAUGGCAUUUGCCCAGACAAGACUCCAAUUGCAUUGUUCGAAUUGAUGCCAAUGACAAUGUUUAUAUAAAAAUGUCGCCGGCCACCGUCUUCUCCAUCAACCAGCGAUGCAAAAAGUUUGUGUUGUAAGUCCCCGUUCAAAUGAAAAUUAUUUUAUUUUAGUUCUCCGCGAUCAAAGCCUUUGGAUGACUCGGUUUUUUCGGCUUAUAAUAUCCAUAACCUGGCUAUUAUUGGGACUCAUUCAAAAGUGUGCAAAGUCACUCCUUCACUCACUGACUGGAUUCAACUUCAAUUGAAUAACAAAAACAUACCUCAACUCCAACAUAUAUCCCUCAAAUAUCUCGAUUUCUCAUCACUUUCAUACACGGAUUUCUCGAAAUUAUUUGAAAUCAUCGGAAUCAAUGGGAAAGUCAGUAUUAAAAACUGUAUUUUCCCAGUUAUUUCAAUGAUUUAUGAUGUUUUCCUUCAAGUCGGGAAGUUUGAAUAUGUUGUGGAAAAUGGCAAUACGAUCAAAGAGCUGGACUACAACGUGGAGGAGAUGGUCAGGUUGACAGAAAAUGUUUUGGAUACUGUAAUUUCGGGGUGUUCUACUAAGCUGGAUCUGUCUAGUCUGGUGGUGCCCUCGGUUGGAGUUAUCGUCAAGUUCAUUCAAGUAUGAGAUCAUUUGUAUAACUCAGCAACGAGUAAUUUUAUUUUAGAAAUGGCGAAUGACUCGAGAGCCCAAUGAUUUCUCCCAACUUUCUUUCCAAUUUCUUCCAAAUAAGGGAGAUCUAACCCAUUCUUUACUUCAAAUCCCCAAUGCCAAGACAGUUGCAGGCACAAAUGUCGUCAGUAUUAACAAUAAUCAUGAUCCCACGUUGGUUAUUUUUAUUCAUAUUCAACAGCUUUAUAUUCACUUGGGUGUCAAGUCGAUCAUUUUUUAAAAUUGCACAUGUAGAGUAAUUCAACAAAAUUUUUAUGACUUUAAUCUUGGUAAGCUCAUUGCAGGAGCUCUGGUGCACUUAUAAUAUAA